AUGUUUGGAUUAACAUCUCCAAAGCUCUUGCAUCUCGCAUCAAUGCAUAAAUCAAAUUCCAUGAUAUAUUCUCUAUCUCUGUUGGGGAUGGGAUCUCCACAAUGUUCUGGAAAGAUAUCUGAUUGGGUUCUACUAGACUUCAAGACAAAUUUGCUAAUCUCUUUUGCCCUCGAAUCAAAUAAAUCUUGCUCGCUAGAAGAAAGAUGUCCACCUGGAGGUAAUUCAUGGUCCUGGUCAUCCACACCCAUCAGUCACGAUGCCGUUUCUGAACUUACAGCCCUUAACUCGCUAAUUGCUGAUGUUUAUCUUAGCAAUCUUCCAGACAAACUCCGUUUCUCCAUCUCGCAUGACGGGCAGGUUUAUAAAAUGGUAACGGUGGAGAAGUUCUGCAACGUCAUUCAUGAUCUGAAGCCGGUGUUGCUGAUGGUGACUGUUCAGACGACGUUUGCCGGAGUUAAUGUUCUUUACAAACUGGCGGCUAAUGAUGGCAUGAAUCUUCCUAUUCUUGUCGCCUAUCGAUUUAUCUUCUCCACUGCAUUCAUUGUUCCACUUGCACUUGUGGUUGAAAGGAACAAAAGGCCAAAAUUGACAUGGAUGAUACUCUUGCAAGCCUUUUGUUGUGGUCUAUUUGGUGGCUCGCUGGCACAAAAUUUCUACAUAAAAGCGUUAUCUUUGACAUCAGCCACAUUCGCAGCGGCUACCACCAAUCUUAUCCCCGCCAUUACCUUCGUACUUGCGGUUUGUUUUAGGAUGGAAAGGUUGGGUUGGAAGAGUAGCCCUGGUGCAGCUAAAGUCCUAGGGACUGUAUGUGGGGUUGGUGGGGCCAUGUUGUUGACUUUUUAUAAGGGCAUUGACCUUCACCUAUGGAAGACCAACGUUGACCUUUUUCAUGGUAAACAACAUGGACUAGGUGGUCAACAUUCAAGCCAUGAUAGGGUUUUAGGCUCUUUAUUGGCCAUGGGUAGUUGCAUCAGUUAUUCCAUCUGGUUAAUCAUUCAGACAAAUUUGGUCAAAAAAUAUCCUUGCCCUUAUUCAGUCACAGCCCUCACAUCGUCAUUGGGUGCUGUACAAGCAGUCGGGUUUGGGUUAUGCACCGAAAGACAUUGGGGUGAUUGGAAGCUUGGUUGGAACAUUAGACUUCUAACAGUGGCUUAUACGGGUAUGUUGGCAUCUGGUUUAAUGUUCACAUUUAUUGCAUGUUGUGUGCAAAUGAGAGGUCCGUUAUUUGUGUCGGCUUUUAAUCCUUUAAUGCUUGUACUUGUGGCUAUCGCUGGAUCUUUAGUCUUGAAUGAGAGCCUACACUUGGGAAGUGUCUUGGGUGCGAUAUUGAUAAUCGUUGGACUCUAUGCUGUAUUGUGGGGUAAAGGUAAAGAAGUGAAGAAGGUGGCUCAACUGUGUCCAGUAAGAGAAUCUAGCGUAGGAAGUUAUAAUGGUGCUAUUAAUGGUGAAUCACAACGUUCAAGCUUUGAGGUUAUUUGUGAUAGUGAUUCAAAACACUCAAGUGUCCGAAGUGGCAAUAGUGAAUCUAGACGUAUUGAGGUUGUUGUGACUUCAUCAGGUUGA